AUGACUUACUACAGGGAACGGCGAAAAACGCUCACUGUGCAAGGGUUAAAGGAUGCUGUGCAGGAGAGUCUUGCAAAGUAUUUGUACGACAAUGCCAUUUUUUGCGCGGAGCGACUUUAUGCAUUGGCACCGACACACGAGUCAUUGCACACUGUAGCACAUUGCUACGUGACAAGUGGGGACGCUGGAACAGCCUACCGAAUCUUGCGGGCACAUUAUCCCUAUUUGUUGUCGGCCACUCCCUCUUUUGCCACUACGAAUAGUAGUACUAGUGGCAAUGGGACUGGUGUUGGAAGCAACACUGCUGCAGAUGCUGCGGCACGAUGGGAUUGCCAGUAUCUAUUGGGGGUAACAUGUGGUAUGACCCAGCGGUAUAUGGAAGGCGAGAGCUUUCUUGAGGAACUUGAACGGCAACAAUCGUCUUCUGAGGUGCUGUACUGGCUGGGUGUUUGUCGCCGGCACCUUCGUCGUGGUUAUGCGGAAGAGGCAUUUGCAAAAAGUGCCGUGUUAGAUCCACUCAAUUUUGUAGCUUUUGAGAAUCAUGUGAAAAUGACGCGGACUCCCCGAGAAGAAGUGCGCUGCAUAUAUACCGAUGCAGCGCCGGGGGUGGGGGCUGAGGAUGCCGUAAGGCGUUCUUCAAUGAGUGGGAUGGGGAUAGGCGGUGUGGGUGGUGCCCACAGACAUGUGAAGAGGGAAGCACUACGACUGUACCUGUCGCCCUUUGCUUCUGUGACUUUUCUGCAGUGGACAUACCGAUGCAAAGAAGCACGGGCUUUGCUUCAACACGAAAGCUUUCCCGAGCGAGAUUCAGGAUGGGCAUUUGGAGCCCUUGCUAUGGCGUACUUUCACGAUGGCGAUGUGGAGAACUCGACGGUGGAAUUUGCUAAUAUGCGACGUGUGGCACCGUGGCGGUUAGCUGACCCCGCGCUGGUAUACUACAGCACUGCAUUGUGGCAACGCAAGGAAUUGGGAACAUUGGGUUCGCUCUCGCAAACACUUAUUAACGAAAUGCCCGCCUCACCCAUCACAUUGUGUGUUGUGGCCAACAAUUACAGUCUUGCUAAGGAGUCGAAGGAGUCUCUCUGUAUGCUUAACCGCGCCAUUCAGGUGGAUCACGACUUUGCGUACGCCCACACCCUCCGUGGGUACGAGUUAUUGUACCUGGACCUAAAGUCUGAGGCGGUGGAUGCUUUUCAUGAGGCAAUUCUAAUCGAUGGUGGCCACUACAACGCAUACGCAGGUCUUGGCGAGUUGUACUUUAGAAGUGAGGAUUUGCAAAAGGCGCGUAAUUACUUUCAACAAGCCAUCAGUAUCAAUCCUUUACCGACCAUCAUGAACCGGUAUGCCGCUACAUACCACCGACGAGAUGCCACAAGGGAAAGCCUGAAUGAAGCGCUGCGUAUAUAUGAAAGUGCCAUUCGAAGACAUCCGACCAACCUUGGUGCUCGUCAUCAGCGUGCAGAGGUGUUGAUUCGUCUCGGUCGCUUCCAUGAAGCCCAUGAUGAAUUGUUAGGGAUGACAAAAGAAUGUCCCGAUGAGGCAAUGUUGUAUGUGACACUUGCGAAGUGCGUUCAUCUCAUGGGCUUAACUGGUCAGGCGGUACAGUACUACCACACCGCGAUGGACUUGGACCCACGACGGGUCGGCUACAUUAAGAGCUGCUUGGAGAGGCUGGCGAUGGGAAAACCAGAUGUUGCGGAGGCGAAUGCCUAG